CCGCCCCGCCCCGCCGUCCGGUUUCGAUUCCCCACCAGCGCUCCUCCUGCCCCGGCGACGCCGAACAGUGGGAGUGAAUGGCGGGCGCGGGGUCCCUAAGCCGAACACCUGGGGGGCCGGGCCCCGCCGAGUCGGAGGACACGUGCGGCUGGCGCUGCCCAGAGCAUGGCGACCGCGUGGCCGAGCUCUUCUGUCGCCGCUGCCGGCGCUGCGUGUGCGCGCUCUGCCCGGUGCUGGGCGCGCACCGCGGCCACCCGGUGGGCCUGGCUCGGGAAGAGGCGGCGCACGUGCAGAAACUCACCCAACAAUAUUUAAGGCAGCUGGCCACCAAGAAGCAGCAGCAAGUUGGCAACAGAAACCAGAUAGAAGACGCUGCCGAGAAGCUCAAGGCAAGUGGGCCUUUCUUCCUCCUUCUAGUUGAGAUGUCCACGUUUCUCCUCGGACACAAGGUGCAGCCAAUAUGCAGCCAAGGAAAAAUUAAAACCAACCUCAAAGGAGAUCAGGCUCAUGCAGAGUCAAGUAAAAUCUGGCUGACAGGGAAAUUCACUGAACUCAGAUUGCUACUUGAUGAAGAGGAAGUCCUGGCCAAGAAAUUCAUCGAUAAGAAUACCCAGCUUACCCUCCAGGCAUACAGGGAGCAAAUCAAGUCGUGUGAGGACCAAAUUGACGUCUUGAACAGUCUCUCCGACAGGGUCUGCAGUAUCAGCCAGGAGCCCGACCCUGUCCAGCUGUUGCAGGAGUUCACGGCCACCGAGCGGGAGCUGAAGCAGCAGAUGCGCUUGGGGGAGCUGUGCCACCCUGUGCCCCAAUCCUUCGCGCCCAUCAAGACCUUCUUCAAGGGCCUCGUGGAAGCCAUGCAGAGCCUGGUACAGACGCCACUGGAGGCUCGCUUGAAGGACAACAUGAGCUGCCAGCUCUCCAGCUUCUCUAGCACCAAGCCGGACUCCCUGUUGAAAAUCAGUCCCUCACCGGAGCGAUCGCUCUUCUUGAAAUACGCGCGCACGCCCACGCUGGACCCGGACACGAUGCACGCGCGCCUGCGCCUGUCGCCCGACCGCCGGACGGUGCGCCUCGUCCUGCUCGGCCGCCUGGGGCCCGCGCCCGCGCUGCGCUUCGACACGCUGUGGCAGGUGCUGGGCAGCGACUGCUUCGCCGCCGGCCGCCACUACUGGGAGGUGGACGUGCAGGAGGCGGGCUGCGGCUGGUGGGUGGGCGCGGCCUACGCCUCCCUGCGGCGCCGCGGGGACGCCGCCGCCGCGCGCCUGGGCUGCAACCGCCAGUCGUGGUGCCUCAAACGCUACGACCUGGAGUACUGGGCCUUCCACGACAGCCAGCGCUGCCGCCUGUGGCCCCGCGACGACCCCGACCGGCUGGGCGUCUUCCUGGACUACGAGGCCGGCGUCCUCGCCUUCUACAACGUGUCGGACGGCAUGAGCCACCUCCACACCUUCCGCGCCGCGUUCCAGGAGCCGCUCUACCCGGCCCUGCGGCUCUGGGAAGGGGCCAUCGGCAUCCCGCGGCUGCCCUAGGGCCCGAUGGGCGGGACCGCCCUUAGACUUCCCGGGACUCUGGUCACACCCGACCCAGACGUGCGUUGUCCACCGCCUGCUCUCCAAGCACACCCGCCGUCUCCCCCACCGGUCACGCCUGCGGUGUCACAGGUGCUCUCCCAGUCCGGACGUGCCUUAAACAUCGGUCCCCUGCUGCUCGCUCAGCAGACCUCCCCGCCCCCCAGCACUGCCUUUAGUCCGGGUUCCGGAAAGGACGCCCUCGCAGUGGUUCUGAUUCUCCCUCAAGCAAAUCCCAACUGCUGGUCACCUGAUCAACCGAACUUCACAAACAUCUCUCAAAUACUCUGCCAGCCACUGUGGAGGAACAGAGGUGAGCUUGGUGGGAUCCUGCCCUCGACUAUGGGAAAUGCGGACUCCCCUCACCCCCCGACAUUAUAGUUUAGAAAAGUGAACUGAAUUAAGGAGUCAGAUUUCACACACCUCAAAGAAAGAUGAGCAUCUCAUUGGAUUAAGAGGUUGUACUGUGUGGUAGAUAAGCACAGACUCCAGACUCAAGAACCCAGGGCUGCCACUCACUAGCUAUGUGAUCUCAGAUGCCUCGUCUAUGACAUAAGUAUAAAGUCCCAGAGGAGCUGUGAGAAUCAAAUGAGAUCACUCAUAUGGUAAACCCUGCCUUACAA